AUGGCUAACAUAAUAAAUAAAGUACCAGGCCAUAUUAAUUUUUGGGAUGAUGUUUCAGCUGACAACUCAACUAAAGAGACCUCUAACCAAUUACCAACAGCUAUAACUGGAGCCCUAACAUUUGAGCAAAUGGAUGCUUAUGAAGCAUACUUUCGGAUCGAAGAAAUAACUGAACUAUUGAGAAGAGACACAUUGCCUCUACCGAAAUGGUUUACAAGAAUGCCUAGUCCGAAUCCUGUCUAUGAUGCAGAUGGGAAAAGAACUAAUACAGAUGAACAAAGAUAUAGAAAAUGUUUAGAAGAUGAAAGAUAUAGGCUUGUAGAAAUUGCUCUGAAGAUGAUACCGUUUUAUGUUCCACCUCAAGAUUAUGUUAGGCCCACCAAAUUCCAGGAAAAAUAUUACAUUCCUGUAGACCAGUAUAGUGGAAUUAAUUUUGUUGGAUUAUUAUUAGGACCUCGUGGUAAUACAUUGAAGAAGUUACAAGAAAGUUCGAAGUGCAAGAUUGCAAUAAGAGGUAGAGGUUCUGUGAAAGAAGGUAAACAUUCUAACGAUUUACCAAAGGGCGCAACAAAUAUGGAAGAUCCAUUACAUUGCUUAAUAAUAGCAGAUUCGGAGGAGAAAGUGCAAGAGGGUAUUAAGGCUUGUCAAGCAAUCGUUAUUAGAGCUGUUACAUCUCCAGAAGGUCAAAAUGAUUUGAAGAGGGGUCAAUUAAGGGAACUAGCGGAGUUGAACGGUACGUUGCGAGAAGAUGAUAGACCUUGUUCAAUAUGUGGCUUAAAGGGCCACAUGAAAUAUGACUGUCCCAAUAGAGUUUCGUUUGCCCAACAGGUUUUGUGUAACAACUGUGGUCAGACAGGUCAUACGACGAGGGAUUGUCCCUCAUAUUCCAAUAAGUAUAAUGCACCAUCGCUACCUAAUACUGGUCGUGAUAUGGAUACUAAUACAUUCCAGGGAUCGAACGAUAACAAAGGUACUAUUCACACGGGAAACUCCAGAUAUAGUGCCAUAAACCAAAGUGGUAGUGGUAAAUAUGACCGUGGAACACAAUAUCAAUCUAGAUUUGGCAAUAAUAAUGGAGGCUCUCGGUACAAUAGAUAUUCUGAUUCAAAUAAUGGACAGCAAGCACAGAAUGUGAGAUUAUCAUAUGAGGAAUCUAGUAAUAUAGGUACUACGCCACCACAACUACAGCAAGCUAUAGUACAUUCUGAUCGCUCCAAUGUUAACAGAGAUAGAGCAGCUCCUGCUCUAUCAUCAUCUAGUAAUCUUCCUCCUGGGUUGGAUACUUUCAAUGAGCCAGCAAGAUUAAGCCCUAACAUGGUACCACCUGGGUUAGAUUCUACCUCAAAUGCACCUCCUGGAUUAGAUUCUACCUCAAAUGUACCACCUGGAUUAGAUUCUGUAUCGAACUUGCCACCCGGAUUGAGUUCGGUAUCAAGCGCACCUCCUGGAUUGGAUUCUUUGUCAAAUGAUUUGAAUUUACCUCCAGGAAUCCCGGAUAAUGGUCCAAGAAAUACAGGAGAUACUCCAGAAUUAUCAGGCCCGCCAGGUUUAUAA